GCGGGGCGCACGGCCGUAACCCUCACAACGGUGACCAAGCGCUCAUCUCCCUCUCCCAUCUCUCGUUUCCAACCGCUCGCUCCGUCCCUCCGAUCAACCAGCCAAAUCCCGAUCGAGGAAGAACACAACGAACAAACCCUAGCGUAGCCGCCGCAGCCGAAGGCUUCCGAAAAUCUCCUUCCUGACCGCCGGCGUGGGGCGACUAGCCUCCACCACCGGCGACGACACCCUCCCCGCCGCGCGCGCCCAACCCGACUGCUCCGUUUGCGGGGGUAGCCGGGGCUCCGGCCUCGGCGGCUUUCUAAGCCCCCUUCCUUACAACAGGAUCCAAAAUCCCGUCCUAGAUUUCUUCUACCUCCCCUUCCAGAACUUCCUCUUUUGGCAUCAGUGAUACGCCGAUCUCGAUUUAUUUUUCUUUCGAUUUCUUUUUCUUCUUCUUCUUGUUGUUCAUCUCGAUCGAAUAGCACCACCGCCGCCUUCAACACCAGAUUUUUUCUGUUCAUUUCGCCUGAUUUUCUUCCGCCGCUAACACCCACCGAGACAUCGUAAACAGAUUUACAGCACAGAGAAACCAGAAAAAAACUUCGCAGCAGUAGCAAACUUUUUUUUUUAUUCUUCUUCUUCCCAGUGGAUUCCUAGCUUUCUCCGGUUUGUGACGAGAUGCCUGCGCUCGCCGUGGACGCUGCUGCAACUGUGGCGCACGCUUUCACCACCUGCGACGCCGCGGCGCGCUUCCCUGCCGCGCCGCUGUUUGCCCCCGCCGCCGUCGUUGCGGCGGCGGCGGCCGCCGCGGACAAGCCCGAUGUCGGGGCUGCUGCAUGGUCCGCUGACCUCUCCUCGGCGCUGUACAACGUGGACGGCUGGGGCGCGCCCUACUUCUUCGUCAACGACGACGGCGACAUCGCCGUCCGCCCGCACGGCGCCGCCACGCUGCCCGGCCAGGAGAUCGACCUCGCCAAGGUGGUCGCCAGGGCCGCCGGGCCCAGCGCCGGCGGCGGCCUCGGCCUCCCCCUGCCGCUGCUGGUGCGCUUCCCCGACGUGCUCCGCCACCGCGUGGAGUCCCUCAACGCCGCCUUCGACUACGCCGUGCGCUCCACGGGCUAUGGCGGGAGGUACCAGGGCGUGUACCCUGUCAAGUGCAACCAGGACAGGUACGUCGUGGAGGACAUUGUGGAGUUCGGCGCGCCCUUCGGCUUCGGCCUCGAGGCCGGCUCCAAGCCGGAGCUGCUGCUCACCAUGAGCUGCCUCGUCGCGCGCGGCAGCCCCGACGCCCUGCUCGUCUGCAACGGCUACAAGGACCUCGAGUACGUCUCGCUCGCGCUCAUCGCCCGCACCAUGGGGCUCAACACGGUGAUCGUGCUCGAGCAGGAGGAGGAGCUCGACAUUGUCGUCGAGGCCAGCCGCCGUCUCGACAUCCGCCCCGUCGUCGGCAUGCGCGCCAAGCUGCGCACCAAGCACGCCGGCCACUUCGGCGCCACGUCCGGGGAGAAGGGCAAGUUCGGCCUCAACGCCGCGCAGAUACUCUCCGUGGUCUCCAAGCUCAAGGCCCUCGGUAUGCUCGACUGCCUCCAGCUCCUGCACUUCCACAUUGGCUCCCAGAUCCCCACCACUGCCCUGCUCGCCGAUGGCGUCGGCGAGGCCGCGCAGAUCUACUGCGAGCUCGCCCGCAUGGGCGCCGCCAUGCGCGUCAUUGACGUCGGCGGUGGCCUCGGCAUUGACUACGACGGGACUCACUCGGCGCAGACCGACAUGUCGGUGGCGUACAGCCUGGAGGAGUACGCGGCGGCCGUGGUCGCCGCCGUCGGCCGCGUCUGCGACCGCAAGGGCGUGCAGCACCCGGUCAUCUGCAGCGAGAGCGGCCGCGCGCUGGUGUCGCACCACUCGGUGCUGGUGUUCGAGGCCUUCUCGGCUUCAGCGCCGGCGGCCAACAUCGACUCUGCCACCGCCUACCUGUUGGACGAGCUCACCGACGACUGCCGCAACGACUACCGCAACCUCAUGGCCGCCGCCGUGCGCGGCGACUUCGAGACCUGCGCUCUGUACGCCGACCAGCUGAAGCGGCGCUGCGCCGAGCAGUUCAAGGAAGGGGUCCUCGGCCUGGAGCACCUGGCCGCCGUCGACGGGCUCUGCGAGAUCGUCGCCCGUGGCAUGGGCGUGGCGGAGCGCCCCCGCACGUACAACAUCAACCUGUCAGUGUUCACCUCCCUGCCGGACAUGUGGGCCAUCGAGCAGCAAUUCCCCAUCAUCCCCAUCCAGCGCCUGCAGGAGCGGCCCGCCAUUGACGGCAUCCUCUCGGACCUCACCUGCGACAGCGACGGCAAGGUGGACCAGUUCAUCGGCGGCAGGCACAGCCUCCCGCUGCACGAGCUCCCCAGCCACGGCACCAGGGGCUACUACCUCGGCAUGUUCCUCGGCGGCGCCUACCAGGAGGCGCUCGGCGGCCUGCACAACCUCUUCGGCGGGCCGAGCGUGGUGCGCGUCUCGCAGAGCGACGGCCCGCACUGCUUCGCCGUGACCCGGGCCGCGCCGGGUCCGUCCUGCGCCGACGUGCUCCGGGCGAUGCAGCACGAGCCGGAGGUGAUGUUCGAGGUGCUCAAGCAGAGGAUCACCGACGACGGCGCCACGGCGGCCGCGCUCGCCAGGGCGUUCGGCGCCAUGCCGUACCUGUCGUUCGGCGGCUCCGAGGUCUCGCUGGAGAGCAGCGGCAUGAGCAGCGACUCCGAGGGGUCGGCCGCCGGCGCCGCAGAGGAUGAUGAUGACGAGUGGGAGUUCAUGCGCGGGCUCACCGUGUAGCGUGGCGACCUCUCCUGUUUCCUGUACACUGGUGAUCUCGUGGCAGCCCAGUGCUUGUAUCGUUCCAUGGUCGUAGUCGUCGGGCGUCUCGUCGCCGUUUAUUAGUUUCGCCGGAGCUUUUUUUUGGCGCCGCUCUUUUUAUUCCGCAAGCGUCAGUCCACUGUUUGUUUUCUCUGAAUAACAAAAAGGAACCAGAACCUAUGUUUCUUUCGAAUAAUUAUUUGUUUUGUUUUGCUACA